UAUUAUAAGGUAGGACAUGGAGAGAUGAAGAGCCCUGAUGACGGAGGAGACAGAGGGAGACAGGUGGAGACAGAUGGAGGAGACAGAGGAGGAGUUGAAGGACUCCACCUCGGGCCUGUGGGGAAACUACCUCGUCUAGUCAUAGUAGUCUCAGGGCCAGGAGAUGUCUCAGCAAACGAAGAGUCCGACUCUGACUCAACCUUAUACGUAAGCAGACGAGAGAGGAUGGGAAACAAGAAGUCCCGACAGGAUCUGCUAGGUUACGACCUCAGCAGCGAUACAGAUGAUGAUGAUGGCGAGGAGGAGACAGAUACGGAGGAGAAACAUGACAAGAUGAAGAGCGAGAUUGAGUCCCCGAUGAUUACGUCAUCACCAGACAUCAUGACGUCAUCACAGCAGUACGCUGACAACCUGAGAAUGUUCAACACUACCCGGAACAAGGAUACAGAGGCUGAGGAGGAUGUCGGGGACUUGUCUAGUUUAAGACAAGAAGUCAAGCUCAGCAGAUCAAGGUCUCUGCGUCAGGCUGAAGAAAAACGAGCUGUCAACUGCGUCUCACCCUCAACAGCGACAAGCAACCUCAUAUCUGAAAUUCUUGAACUUUCCAAAAACUUCCGGCCUCUAAAACGAACGGUCUCUGCCAUGAGCUUGCGUAUCGUGAGCAUGGAUGACAGGGACGUGAAGGAUGGCAGUCUGAGGAGGUACGCGGCCAGUGUAAGUGAUAACGCUAGUGUCCCCGACCUUGACUGUGACAGAGCCAGACGGAUUCACGAGGUUAACGGUCGUAGCACCGAUUCCAUUAGUUCUGCAGGUAGUUCCGCCACAGAAUACGAUUCUUAUAAGGCAGUGGUGCGACAGAGUGAUGAAGAUGAUGGAGUGUUUGACAGCAGGUUAGACGGGGUUGGUUUCCCUGAUCGUAGGACUUCCUCAGGUUCAGAUACCCCUCGGAAUGUUUCCGUGUCGUCAACAUUCCGUCCUGAUCAGAAUGAUUCAGACAUUAGAAGAAUUUCAGGAGGUCCCCCACAGAUAGUCCUCUCCCACUCCUCAGAUUCCUGCCCCUCAGAUGACUCAUGUCCGUCUGAUGACUCAUGUCCCUCAGACUCAGAUUCGUGUCCCUCAGAUGACGAAGAAGACGACACCUUCGUAGAAGAGCCCAGGAGGCUCACUGUAGUUGCUCCUCGAAGAGGGAGAAUGUCAGUGGUCACUCCCCCUAGCAUCAGCAAACUUGAAAUAAAUGGAACUAUCAUGCUGAGAAAAUCUAAGUCUUGCGGCGACCUGACAGAAAUCUCUGAGGAUUUCAUUGAGCAUGUUAAGAAAAUGCGUGCUGACAGCCAGGGAGGCCUUCCAGAGGGUCUAGAGAGAUUAGAGGAGCUAAGCAAGCAUAUCAAGGAGGAACUGGACGAUGCUCCGGGCAAGUUAAAACGGAGUAGUUCCCAAACAAUUACCGAGCGGGAGAUCAAGACCGUUGAAGAAACCAAGGCAAGCAUCUGGGAUGUGCCUUCAAUGGCCAGGAAAUCUAAGAUAGGCCUGGCUAUUAUGUUUAUCAGUGGUAGACUUGGGUCCAUAGUUCAGAACAACCUGCAUCAUGUUACUCAGAUGGCAUCCGAAGACAACACCUUGAUCGAAGAGCCUGUUGUCAUGCCUAUUAUCAAAACAGCGACCGCUCCCGCGCUGCUCGGCGCCCCUCCUCCCAAGAAAACUGUAGGUCGAUCUUUCUCCUUUUCAAUGAAAAACAAGGCUCAGUUGCUGGCAAACAAGAAGUUGUCGAGGCCCAUGAUCAUGAAAACCAGCCCAAAAGAAGCAGACUACGACGGCUCAGAUAAUGAACUCGAUAUUCACACUCCAUUACCGAGAAAAAGGCUUGGCACCUCUCUAACGGGCAUGGACUUAGCGGAUCCCUUGUCUGAGCUGCGGAACGACAAGCGGUGUAUGUCGCUCAACAAUCUCACAACCCAAAACCCUAACGAUCUGCGGAAGAUAGCAGAAAUUCCAAAACGGUUCAACAGUUCCGAGCGACUUCUGUCUCCUGACGGUGUCGGACCUCUACAUCAGAGUUGUGAGAACUUAACUCGGGCUAGAACUGACAUGGAGGUGGACGAGUCCCGGAAAUCAAGCUACUCCACUGAAGGCAAGAAUGACUCCUCGAACGAGUUUUCGUCGGACAGCGAAGAAAGGGACUCGAGGACGCGAUUGUCGAGAUCCCGGUCUAUCUCCAUGGUAACGAGGAACAUGAUAGGGUUCAACAAAAAGUCCGUUUUAAAGAAGAAAAUGCGAUGUCCGCCCCACCACUUCGUGUCUAUGAUAAACAAACACGAGCUGGAGUGCGAGGAGUGCAGAGCUGAAACACCUGAACUCGCUUUUAUGCGCUGUACCCACUGCGAGUACCUGGUCCACAAAACGUGCAGUAUGCAGACACUGGAGGCCAGCCCUCCACCCCGAGAUAAGAAACCGCACAAGAAACUCAACUGGAGCUCACACAACCCAGUUGCUCUAUUGAACAAGAGACCUUCAAACCACGAAGUACGAGACAUUAGCCAUCAAAAUGGAGUUCCAAAACGUCAGCACUCACGUGACACUGAACAAACACUACACCGUCGAGUGAGUGUUACAGACAGCCACAUCUUCCUCCGACCCUCCUCCCCUGUCGAGUCGGACGAGGACUACUUCUCAGACGAUUCCGACUCGGAGAGCUGGAGGGACAGUGUUAACUCUGAUGUCCGGAUCCUCAUGAACAAGGACGACGAGGAACGUCUCCACGGCAUCUUCGAGCUGAUCAACACUGAGAAGAACCACAUCAGGGAUCUGAAGAUCCUGAUCAGGAUAUUCAAGUACAAGCUUCAAGAGAAGAGGUUCAUAAACGAGCCGGAGUGUGACCAGUUGUUCCCUGCUCUGGAUGACUUGUUAGAUUCGUGUAGUAAGUUGUACACCCAGUUGAAGGAGCACAUGGAGGAAGAAAUAGAUUCCCCACAUUCCAGACAUAACAUCGGCAGCAUCCUCAUCGAUAACUUUAGUUGUAAUACUGAAGCCGGACGUUGUAUCAGAGGUGCGUAUGCUCGAUUAGGUGCUAAACAGCUCAUUGCUGUCAAAUAUUAUCGUGAAAAAAGCAAGGAUAAAGCUUUUAAAUCGCUGAUGGAUAGCCUUGAAUCAAAAAAGGUAUGCAAGCGAAGGACCUAUGCAGAUUUCUUACUGGCUGUGACAACCAGAUUAACCAAAUACCCCCCACUGCUGAAGAAUCUCUUCAAACAUACCCCCGUUUCCCAUCCCGAUUAUAAUAGCCUCAGUGAGGCCAUAUCAGUAAUUGAAGAAGCUCUCCACUAUAUUGACAAUUGUGUGAGACGCGAAAAUGAGCGAACUGAGCUUAAAAUGUGUAAUGAUAGGUUCGAAGUGAAGGGUCGAUGUAGUAGAGAAUUGAAACGAUUUGAUCUAACUUCAGAUAAACGGAGACUUAUACACCGUGAUCAAGUGACACUUCAUUCAACCAAGACUGGUAGCAAGGACACUAAGCACCGCCACCAGCUCUUCCUUUUCAGUGACUAUAUUCUUUUGCUCAAGGAAAAAGACAAUAAACUCAUUCUUAAUUUCGACGACACGCAGUGCCCGGCUAUCAAGGUCAAGAGCUGCCUCGUCAAAAAUGACAGUUUAGAAAAACUAGGUUUCAUGUUGAUCAGUAACUCUGGGAGAAAACCAGAUUCUCCUCAAGAAUCAAUAACAAAAAUCAGUCCCACUUUGUAUCGAUUUUCCGCGGACACGGCGGACAAAAAGGAUACCUGGAUGAGGCUUUUAACAGAGGCCACGACGCUGGCUGACGAGGACGAUGUUGAUCAGACGGUUUCUAACGGUCUCAGCUCAGACGAGCGAUACGACGACUCCGAGGAGAGUGAUAUCGAUAUUGCGGCGAGCGAGCGGGACCCUUCCGUCUCGUUUGAUAGUGAUAGUGUGACCGAUCUGAUGGUAUCCGCGGAAACUUCCAGCAUAACUACUCCUGAUUCGACCCGACAUUUAGCGUUGGAAGAUAUCGAGGAGCAUCACGAUGAUUACUUGCAAGAAGAUCCAACUCUUGAUUACGACGACGAUGAUAUAGAGCGAUUAAUGACCGUUCUGAGGAGUAUGAACACCGGGGGAACCAGGGUUCGAAAACCCACCGCGGGUCCAUCUUCCAAGAACGCGUUUAACCGACCCUUGCCGCGACAGACCCCGAAGUCCGGAGCCGCUGCACGACGGGCGGUCAGCCUUCACUUAGCUGAGAAACAGCGAGUGGAAGAAAACCGACGUCACACGACCUGUCUGUCAAAGGAGGAGCUGAACCAGGCCAUAAACCAGACCCUACCCGCCAACCAGACACUGCAGGACAACCCUGUCAGACAGAAGAGCAGUGAUUCUGGGUACGCUCCAGAUGAUCAUUCUCUACACGUCCAUCAUCAGCCAAACAACUCUCACGCGCUGAUGAAUAUGAGAGACGCCCUUCUGUGGGUCCUGCAAAAGAGUCGGAAGAAGAGUGCCGAGAUGGAGGAGCUGAAACGGGAGAACGCCGAACUCAAGGAAAAGGUGGAGGAACAGGGCUCUGUCAUAUCUAGGUUAGAUGAAGAAUUCAAAGUUCUGAAAGCAGCCCUGAUGUCGGACCAGUCCAUGUCCUCAUCCCAACGGGCGCGCUACCGUCCCAAGCGAACCCUCAACACCAACACCGACAGUAUCACGGAAGAAAAGUCAGAAAAUCCCCAGACUCGCGUGUGAUCGGCGCGUGACCCUCCGCGCGUUAGCUCGCGUGACGUCAUAGACCCACGUGACGUCUUCAUGACGUCUUGCCUCCAUGUUGAGAGAUAGAAACAAUGCGUCGUGCUGUCCCCAGGAGAGAGAGAGGAAGGAGAAGAUGGACUAUCAGACAAUAUCUUUAUGAACUGACACAACUGUCGAAACUCGUUAUAGCUGCAUCCUUUUGACAGGGUCUUUUUGUAUUUUGUAUUGUUUUUAAUUAAAAUUCUUCGCGUUUUAAAAUAAAAUUUAUUGUAUGUAUUUAUCCAUUUGAUCGCUAUUUUGACGACUUGGUUUUACAAGGUUCAACAAAAAGCUGGGCAAUUAAGAUUUCCGCUUUGAGUGAGAAGUCCUAACAUCCGCAUUAUUAUUUAGGCUUAGUAAAACCGCUUCACUCGUCUCAGACUUUGAGGGAUAAGAUACUUCGAUCGUUCUAGAAUUUUCGAUCGUUGCAGUGAUUUUUGUUUAUUUGGUCUGGGGUCCUGGGUUUACAUUAUUAUGGUGUGCUUUUCACAGUGCACCGGUCCUGCUAUCUGUAAAACUAAAAAAUCCACCGUUUCUCAGACAUUUGUAAAUACAUUUAAGCAUUUUAAAGUCGUAUGCACGUCUGACCCUGGAAGUUUGAAAAGAUUUCAUGUUGAAUAUUGAUCAUUAUAUCCUAUGCUUUUAAGUUUUUAUUUUUCCAAAAAUUGUUCAUGUUUUGCAAAGAGUGCGAUAUGUAACGUUUCACAUUGCAGUGUAAAUUGUUUAUGUAUUCGGAAAACAAGUA